AUUCCGUGCCAACUAUAAAGCAGUAAACUCAGGGAAUUAUUUGACUUAAAUUGAAUUUAAUUCUGUUUAGAAAUAAACGCGCUGUAAAAAUGUCUCAGACCUUCUCAACCAUAAUUGUUUUGUUAAUAAUGAUAGUUAUUAGUUUAGUUUUUGUUAAAGAAACAAAUGCCCAGUCAAAUGCGAAACGUAAACGUAAAGUUGGAGAAAUCAGCAAACAAAUGUGCAAUGACGAACCAAGGUACAUCAAAUUCAGUGUGACUGAAGCUAGAAAAAACGGUAAAAGUGGAAUUGAACGGGUUCGAAGACAACUAGAUGCUUUUGAAGACGAUGACGAUUUUGAAAUUGAUGCCGAUUUUGAAGCCGAUGAUGAUUCUGAAGCCAGUGACAAUUCUGAAACCAGCGACGAUUCUGAAGAAAAAUUUUACCCAUCGGGUAGAGGCGGUAUUGGUGGAGAGGAUGCCAAAUCUAGUCAAUAUCCUCAUAUGGCAGCAUUGGGUUACGGUGAAUGGGAGAAUGUGAAAUGGGGAUGUGGUGGUACUUUAAUCAGCGAUACAUUUGUUAUGACUGCUGCGCAUUGCAUAGAUACAUUAUUAGGUCGAUUGAAGUAUAUCCGCUUGGAUGAUAUUAAUCUAGCAAGCGACGAUGAUAACUCCUACCCUCAAGAUUUCAACGCAUCGCGGAUUAUUAUCCAUCCGGAUUACAAUCCCCCAUCGGCAUACAAUGACAUUGCCUUAGUAGAAUUAGAUCACCCGGUUGAUCGACUAGGAAACAGCCUUACACCUGCUUGUCUGCAAAUUGACCGAAACAUUGCAGAUCCAAAAUGGUCCGCACUUGGUUGGGGUGAGACAAGUCACCAUGGUCCAGCUGCUGAUCAUUUACAGGUGAUGGAAUUACGUGAAGCUGAUUACACCGUGUGCAAGAACGCGUAUUUGAAUGCAGGGAAAAGAAGAUUGGAAUACGGUGUUGAUAACGAUUCUCAGAUGUGUGCUGGAAAGGGAGACGUUGAUACAUGUUUGGGGGAUUCUGGUGGUCCUCUUCAAAUAUCAAACGAAAAGUACUGGACGGGUUAUACUGUAAUUGGGAUUACUUCAUUUGGGAAAAAAUGCGGGCUGACGAAUAAACCAAGCGUUUACACACGGGUUUCACAUUAUAUUGAGUGGAUUGAAUCAGUUGUUUGGCCUGAGUGAGAUUUUAAAUCGAAAAUUAAAUCAAAAUCUAUGUCCAAAUAAAAAUUAAAGAAAAUUAUAAAUUAAUUUAAAAUUUGACAGAUAUCAAUGUGCUCCAAGUAUAUUUGUUUCUAAAAUUAUAAUCAGUGGAUUAAUAAAGUUGUUUUUAUUCUGUGUUUUUA